AUGACGGGCAGCUUCCGCAGAUAUCCGUCCGCUCUGACAGGUAGUCCGGCACUUCACAGCCACUGCAGCCACCCCGCGGCUCGGAAUCGCCUUACCUCUCACCGGAAGUGUCGGGGUAGGGAGUCUUUAUGGUCUGGUGCGGACAGAUUAGCUGCAGAGUCCGGCGGUACUUGCAGAACACACGCCAUUUACACGCCACACGCAACAUGUCGCUCAGCGGCGCUGCAGCCGGCGGCCCCCCUGGAGGAACCACAGCUUCAUCCUGGGAGGGGGGCGAGAUCCCCCCUGACUGACCAGGGGGAGACCAUCAUAGGAGUCUACCUACUGCUGCUGGGAUGGAUGUCCUGGUUCGGGAACAGCAUCGUCCUCUUCGUCCUCUACAGGCAGAGAGCCUCGCUGCUGCCCACCGACUACCUGACCUAUAACCUCGCCGUCUCAGACGCCAGCAUCUCCGUGUUCGGAUACUCCAGAGGAAUCAUCGAGAUCUUCAACGUCUUCCAGGACAGCGGCUACCUCAUCUCCUCCAUCUGGACCUGCCAGGUGGACGGGUUCUUCACGCUGGUGUUCGGUCUGAGCAGCAUCUACACGCUGACCGUGAUCAGCAUCACACGCUACAUCAAAGGAUGCCACCCAAGCCGAGCGCAUCACAUCACCAGGACCAGUGUGUUCGUGUGUCUGUCGCUCAUCUGGAUCGCAGCUGGAUUCUGGUCCGGGGCGCCGCUGCUCGGCUGGGGCAGCUACACAGAUCGCGGCUAUGGGACCUGUGAGAUUGACUGGGCCAAGGCAAACUACUCGAGCGUCUACAAGUCCUACAUCGUCUCCAUCUUUGUGUGCUGCUUCUUCAUCCCCGUGCUCGUCAUGCUGUUCUGCUACGUGUCCAUCAUCAACACGGUGAAGCGAGGCAACGCGCUGUCGGCCGAGGGAGACCUGACCGACCGCCAGCGGAAGAUCGAGAGAGACGUGACCGUCGUUUCCAUAGUGAUCUGCACAGCCUUUAUCCUGGCCUGGUCGCCGUACGCCGUGGUGUCCAUGUGGUCCGCCUGGGGUUUCCACGUGCCCAACCUCACCAGCAUCUUCACCCGCCUCUUUGCCAAAUCUGCCAGUUUCUACAACCCGCUCAUCUACUUUGGUCUCAGCUCCAAAUUCCGCAAAGACGUGGCGGUCCUGCUGCCGUGCACGCGUGACGCCAAAGACACCGUCAAGCUGAAGCGUUUCAAACCCAAGGUUGACGGUCGUCUUGCCACAGGAGGCGGGGCCAGAUUCAAAGUUCAUCUGAGCCGGCCUGAAAAGAAGUACUCGUUAGUGAACCAUCCCACGAGGCCCUGA